GUGCGCGGAUCAGCACCUGCGCCGCUUGCCUGUGAUGCCUGUGGGCAUGCCGAGCGGGUAGUAGAUCGAGCGGGAUCGACGACAGCGAAACGGAGAGCAGUGACUGCCGACCCGACCUUGAGACCGAAAGGACUGGCCCUAGAAAGGUGCGAAAGCCGAUCUCAACUCCUUACCUGUGGCUUCAAAUGCUUUUAUGAUGUAGAGUGGAAUUUUCAAUCCCUGCCCUGCGCCUCUCUCCUCCAUGUUCUCCUCUGUCCCCACUCCUGCCCUUCCCAGCCCUUUCUUCUGAAGUAGAGAACAAAAAAAAGAGUGUGUGAAUCUACAAUGUUCUUGUACAUCAAAGGGUUUAAACUUUGGACUCUCAACUCAUCAGUCAGCAUUUACAGAUGUGUGUAGUGUUGUAUCUCACUCAGCCUAACGACAGCAAGGUGUCGGCCGGGAAUAUCCAGGUCAAUACCGCUUUGACUUUGACUCUCUGGACAGGAACAGACUCAGUCUGCACUUCUCUGUUGGCUUUUGCUGACGUGCACCCUGCGCCCCCCUAUCCUGACUUUGGCAGAAAUGAACUGGUCCAGCAUGGUCAGCAGAUGUCCCUCCUUUGCCGCGAGACCAAGAGUUAUGAUGUAGGUCGUUCCAUGGCAAGUACAUGGCGGAGUUGGUGCGCGUGUUUGUGUCCCAUUGCCAGCACGCGAAGAGAUGGAGAGAGGGAGGGAGAGAGCAAGCGAGCGGAAAUGUGUGUGCUGUAAGUUGUAGUGUGGUGUGAGGGGCGUCUGUCUGCUUCAGCCACGUUUCCGAUCUUACGUAAGGCUCGUGAGGGCCAGCCGGAAUUGCGACCUAGACCUGCAGAAAGAGCGCUAAUUGGCAGCCACGAAAGGAUUCACACACACAGGCUCUCACUAUGGCAAUCUGGGAAGUGGUUCAUUAUGCGAGUCCUAGACGAAUCUGGAUGGAGAUGCGGGGCUGGUCACUCCGUGUGGUCAUUGCUCUCCUGCUCCUCCAUUUAAUGGCUGUGCCUCCGUCAGACAAGAUGGUGCCAUUCGGCAUGCGUUGGCUUUCAUCGCCUGCUGUCUUUGUGGAUGCAGCGAAUGUUCAGGAGCUUGUGAAGAAUAUGACGGCAUUGGUCAGAUCUGUAGGUGAUGAGGCAAAGAAGAAUGAAGCGGAUUCCUGCCCUCGGCUGGAUAAUUGCAGGCUGGGUCAGGGGACGUGUGUGAGGAUGGUUUGUGGAUACACUGGCAAUGAAUCCUUUACCUGCGAGGGAAAUUUCCGAUUUGACAGUGGAACUUGCGGAAGUCCAGAUGCAUGCACCCAAACUUUGCUGUCGUACGAGGAAGGGUUUGCGAGGCUGCCUUUUACAGAAACAGUUCAGGCUUAUGAUGCGAUGUGUGUGCAGCAGACACUGUCUGCGACACUUAGCAAGAAGGUGCGAAGGGACGAUUUUCUCAGCAUCGGUUGGAUCUACUAUGGAUCUUUCACCGGAUUCUUUUUGUCCUUUCCUGGAAAGCAAGAUGCGUGUGUUGACUACGAUCCGAGGAAGCGGCCGUGGUUUGCAGAAGCGACCUCCCCCCGGAAAAGGGUUGUGAUUGUUCUUGAUCUUGCGGCGGAGAUGUUCAUUCCGCUUUCUUCACAGAAUGGACGGAAUCGAUUUCAGAUGGUUAAUAGCACCGUGUUUGCUCUCCUUGGUUCACUCCGUCGUGAUGACGAGGUUGCAUUAGUGACAUAUUCCUCAGCAACAAACGAUACCGACACAUCUCUGGAAAUUGUUUUAGGAUCGCAAGCGACAGCCACACAAAGCAAGCUACUCAACUUGAACACGAGUGCAAUGGGAGCGGCAUCUUCGGACUUGAGAGACGGUAUUAUGAAAGGGCUGAACGUUCUCAGGGCUGCCCCAAAGCCCGGUGACGCUGAUGUUCUUCAAGAAGUGCUUUUGGUGUUCACUUUAGGGACACUGUCCGCGGUCAAUGGUGGUAAUGUCAGUACAACUGUGGAUGCCAUCCUUCAAUACAAUUCCACGACUCAAGUCAAGUCCGGCGUGAGGGUCUUUCUUUACGGCGUGGAGGUUAAAAGCCCCGUCGAUUAUGGCAAUAUUCAACAAAUUGCCAAGAGCGUCAACGGCUUUGCAAAGAACAUGGGUACGCGUGGAGGCACGGUCGAUCCUCUUGGGAGUAUUUACUCCUACUUCAAUUUCCUGGCCAAGUUGCAGCCGUCGGAUCCCAAGUGGGUUGCAAAGUAUGAGGACUUUGGAGAAUUAGGUGAUGUCAACACUAUGUCGAUGCCAGUGUUUGAUGGGAACGGGAAUUUGAUUGGAGCCUCAGGCAUGGACAUGACGGUAAAGCUCGAGCCUUCUGAUAAGGAUGCGCUGAAAAACAUAACCGAUACCAUGACCAGCAACGUCAAGAUCAGUUACCCCACUGCAAUAGGGGACGCAUUAAAUGUGACCUUCGGAACGGUAUCCGACCCCCUGUCGGAUAUGGAUGGAAUACCAGACUUGUGCCCGGGAGUCUCGGUGUCUCUGAAAAAGGAGAAUGUUGUUUGUGCUGAGAAACAGCCCAAGGUGUCUGAUGACGUCUUGCGUUGCUGCGGCGACUGCCUGGCACGGCCUGCACCUCCACCGAGUCCCAAGAAGGGUUCAGGAUCAAAAAGUAACACGGUUGUGAUUGUCGUCCUCACGGUGGGGGGGUUCCUUGUUGCCCUUGGAGGUCUCGGCUAUUACUUCGUCAUGCAUAGCAGCUUAUCCUUGUUCUCCUCGAUCCCGCAGCGAGCCAGGGUGGCAUCCACGUCAACCCCACGAAGCAGAGUUGAUAUCGGGAAGAUCUAACCGAGUAGCUGAACCCCAAUGCUUGAUUCCUUUUCCACUAUGCCUCGAGACCGCACUAGAUAUGAUGGGAGAGGUGAAAGGGAAUUCCCCAUUGCUGCCGAUGGGCACCAAACGGGAUUGAAGGCUAGGGCAGCGCUUGUUGAUGGUUUGUUAAUGAGGGCAUCCAAAGGUUCGGAUAAGAACCUGGUUUCAAUAAAUGCAUUUUGCGGAG